AUGGGGACGGCGCUUCUCCAGCGCGGGGGCUGCUUUCUCCUGUGCCUCUCGCUGCUGCUCCUGGGCUGCUGGGCAGAGCUGGGCAGCGGGCUGGAAUUCCCGGGCGCUGAGGGCCAGUGGACGCGCUUCCCCAAGUGGAACGCCUGCUGCGAGAGCGAGAUGAGCUUCCAGCUCAAGACGCGCAGCGCCCGGGGCCUAGUGCUCUACUUCGACGACGAGGGCUUCUGCGACUUCCUGGAGCUCAUCCUGACGCGCGGCGGCCGCCUGCAGCUCAGCUUCUCCAUCUUCUGCGCCGAGCCCGCCACGCUCCUGGCCGACACGCCGGUCAACGACGGCGCGUGGCACAGCGUGCGCAUCCGCCGUCAGUUCCGCAACACCACGCUCUUCAUCGACCAGGCGGAGGCCAAGUGGGUGGAGGUCAAGUCCAAGCGCCGGGACAUGACGGUGUUCAGCGGCCUCUUCGUCGGGGGGCUGCCCCCGGAACUGCGCGCGGCGGCGCUCAAGCUCACGCUGGCCUCUGUGCGCGAGCGAGAGCCCUUCAAAGGGUGGAUUCGCGACGUGCGGGUCAACUCCUCGCAGGCCCUGCCCGUGGACAGCGGCGAGGUGAAGCUGGACGACGAGCCGCCCAACAGCGGCGGCGGGAGCCCGUGCGAGGCGGGCGAGGAGGGCGAGGGCGGGGUGUGCCUCAACGGAGGCGUGUGCUCGGUCGUGGACGACCAGGCGGUGUGCGACUGCUCGCGAACCGGCUUUCGCGGCAAGGACUGCAGCCAAGAUAUAAAAUUCAGUCAUUACUGUGUUUCUCCAAUGUUGCUACAUGACAAUGACCAAGGCAAAAUAUUUUGCCUUAGUGCUCCUAAACCACUAUUUGAGAAAGACAACAAUGUGGAAGGUCUGGCGCACCUGAUGAUGGGCGACCAAGGUAAAAGUAAAGGAAAAGAAGAAUAUAUCGCCACUUUCAAGGGAUCUGAAUACUUCUGCUACGACUUGUCUCAAAACCCCAUUCAAAGCAGCAGCGAUGAAAUAACUCUGUCCUUUAAAACCCUUCAGAGGAACGGACUGAUGCUUCACACCGGGAAAUCAGCUGAUUAUGUCAAUCUCGCCCUGAAAAAUGGAGCUGUCUCUCUGGUCAUUAAUUUGGGAUCAGGGGCCUUUGAAGCACUAGUGGAGCCCGUGAAUGGAAAGUUUAAUGAUAAUGCCUGGCAUGAUGUGAAAGUCACCAGGAAUCUGCGUCAGCACUCAGGCAUUGGACACGCUAUGGUAAACAAACUACAUUGUUCGGUGACAAUAUCAGUGGAUGGGAUUCUUACCACAACGGGCUACACGCAAGAAGAUUAUACCAUGCUGGGGUCUGAUGACUUUUUCUAUGUUGGAGGCAGUCCCAGCACAGCAGACCUUCCAGGGUCACCAGUCAGUAACAACUUUAUGGGCUGUCUCAAAGAGGUUGUGUAUAAAAAUAAUGAUGUAAGGCUGGAAUUAUCUCGACUUGCCAAGCAAGGAGACCCAAAGAUGAAGAUCCAUGGAGUGGUGGCAUUUAAAUGUGAGAAUGUCGCAACUUUGGACCCAAUCACCUUUGAAACCCCAGAAUCUUUCAUCUCUUUGCCUAAAUGGAAUGCAAAGAAAACAGGCUCCAUAUCAUUUGAUUUCCGCACAACAGAGCCAAAUGGCCUCAUCUUAUUUAGUCAUGGCAAGCCACGACACCAAAAAGAUGCCAAGCACCCACAGAUGAUAAAGGUUGACUUCUUUGCUAUUGAGAUGCUGGAUGGCCACCUCUACCUCCUCCUGGACAUGGGGUCAGGUACAAUCAAAAUCAAAGCCCUGCAGAAGAAAGUGAAUGAUGGAGAAUGGUAUCAUGUAGACUUCCAGAGGGACGGACGGUCAGGUACCAUUUCUGUCAACACGCUGCGCACGCCCUACACUGCUCCUGGCGAGAGUGAGAUUCUGGACCUGGAUGACGAGUUGUACCUGGGGGGCUUGCCAGAAAAUAAGGCCGGCCUAGUCUUCCCCACCGAGGUGUGGACUGCGCUGCUCAACUACGGAUACGUGGGCUGCAUAAGAGAUUUGUUCAUUGACGGGCAGAGCAAAGAUAUCCGGCAAAUGGCUGAAGUUCAAAGUACUGCUGGAGUGAAGCCUUCAUGCUCAAGGGAAACAGCAAAACCGUGCCUUAGCAACCCUUGCAAAAACAACGGCAUGUGCAGGGAUGGGUGGAACAGAUAUGUCUGCGAUUGUUCCGGAACAGGCUAUCUUGGCAGGUCCUGUGAGAGAGAAGCAACGGUUCUGAGCUAUGAUGGGAGUAUGUUUAUGAAAAUCCAGCUCCCGGUGGUGAUGCACACGGAGGCUGAGGAUGUAUCCUUACGGUUUCGAUCCCAGCGCGCAUAUGGCAUUCUCAUGGCAACCACCUCCAGAGACUCAGCAGACACCCUCCGCCUGGAGCUGGACGCAGGGCGUGUGAAACUGACGGUCAAUCUAGAUUGUAUCAGGAUUAACUGUAAUUCCAGCAAAGGUCCCGAGACCCUUUUUGCUGGCUAUAACCUCAAUGAUAACGAAUGGCACACAGUGCGUGUGGUUCGUCGAGGAAAAAGUUUAAAGUUAACGGUGGACGACCAACAGGCCAUGACAGGUCAAAUGGCGGGGGAUCAUACGAGGCUGGAGUUUCAUAACAUAGAGACUGGCAUCAUCACAGAACGCCGCUAUCUGUCUUCUGUUCCCUCCAACUUCAUUGGACACCUGCAGAGCCUGACAUUUAAUGGAAUGGCAUACAUUGACUUGUGUAAAAAUGGCGACAUAGAUUAUUGUGAGCUCAAUGCCAGGUUUGGCUUCAGGAAUAUCAUAGCAGACCCUGUCACCUUCAAGACCAAAUCGAGCUAUGUUGCCUUAGCUACACUGCAAGCCUACACUUCUAUGCAUCUUUUUUUCCAGUUCAAGACCACAUCCCUAGAUGGACUAAUUCUUUAUAACAGUGGGGAUGGAAACGACUUUAUUGUGGUUGAAUUAGUUAAAGGGUACUUACAUUAUGUGUUUGAUUUGGGAAAUGGUGCUAACCUCAUCAAAGGGAGCUCAAAUAAACCUCUCAAUGACAAUCAGUGGCACAACGUGAUGAUAUCAAGGGACACCAGCAACCUCCACACUGUAAAGAUUGACACGAAAAUCACAACGCAAAUCACCGCAGGAGCCAGGAACUUGGACCUUAAGAGUGACUUGUAUAUAGGAGGAGUGGCCAAAGAAACAUACAAAUCCUUGCCCAAACUCGUCCAUGCCAAGGAGGGCUUUCAAGGCUGCCUGGCAUCAGUUGAUCUAAAUGGACGGCUUCCAGACCUCAUCUCAGAUGCUCUUUUCUGCAAUGGACAGAUUGAGAGAGGAUGUGAAGGGCCCAGCACAACCUGCCAGGAGGACUCAUGUUCUAACCAAGGCGUGUGCUUGCAGCAGUGGGACGGCUUCAGCUGUGACUGUAGCAUGACUUCCUUCAGCGGGCCACUCUGCAAUGACCCUGGGACAACGUAUAUCUUUAGCAAAGGUGGUGGACAAAUCACGUAUAAGUGGCCUCCUAAUGACCGGCCAAGUACACGAGCAGACAGACUGGCCAUAGGGUUUAGCACUGUUCAGAAAGAAGCUGUAUUGGUGCGAGUGGACAGUUCUUCUGGCCUGGGUGACUACCUAGAGCUGCAUAUACAUCAAGGAAAAAUUGGAGUUAAAUUUAAUGUUGGAACAGAUGACAUCGCCAUCGAAGAGUCCAAUGCAAUCAUUAACGAUGGGAAAUACCAUGUAGUCCGUUUCACGAGGAGUGGUGGCAAUGCCACAUUACAGGUGGACAGCUGGCCGGUGAUUGAGCGCUACCCUGCAGGAAACAAUGAUAACGAGCGCCUGGCGAUUGCUAGACAGCGAAUUCCAUAUCGACUUGGUCGAGUAGUUGAUGAAUGGCUACUCGACAAAGGGCGUCAGCUCACAAUCUUCAAUAGCCAAGCAACCAUAAUAAUUGGCGGGAAAGAGCAGGGCCAGCCCUUCCAGGGUCAGCUCUCUGGGCUUUACUACAAUGGCUUGAAAGUUCUGAAUAUGGCAGCCGAAAAUGAUGCCAACAUCGCCAUAGUGGGAAAUGUGAGACUGGUUGGUGAAGUGCCUUCCUCUAUGACAACUGAGUCGACAGCCACUGCCAUGCAGUCAGAGAUGUCCACGUCAAUAAUGGAGACCACCACGACCCUGGCUACUAGCACAGCCAGAAGAGGAAAGCCCCCUACGAAAGAACCUAUUAGCCAGACCACAGAUGAUAUCCUUGUGGCCUCAGCGGAGUGUCCCAGCGAUGAUGAGGACAUUGACCCCUGUGAGCCGAGCUCAGGUGGGUUAGCCAACCCAACACGAGCGGGUGGGAGAGAGCCAUACCCAGGCUCAGCAGAAGUGAUUCGGGAGUCCAGCAGCACGACAGGCAUGGUUGUGGGGAUCGUAGCCGCUGCCGCCCUGUGCAUCCUCAUCCUCCUCUACGCCAUGUACAAGUACAGAAACCGGGAUGAAGGCUCGUACCACGUGGAUGAGAGUCGAAACUACAUCAGUAACUCAGCACAGUCCAAUGGGGCUGUUGUAAAGGAGAAACAACCCAGCAGUGCGAAAAGCGCCAACAAAAACAAGAAAAACAAGGAUAAAGAGUAUUACGUCUGAUCUCAACAUGAAAAGGACCCUUGUAUAGAAAUAGUCUUCAUUUUAUCUGAGACAUAAUAUAAACUUAUUUACUUUCCUUUUUAUGAAGCACAUACAAAAGAAGACAGGGAAUGCAAUCAGGAAGGAGAGACUUUUUAAAAAAUAAAAACAAGUAUCUCAUGCUCUUGUUUCUCCAAAAAAGAAAAAAGAAAAAAAAAAAAGAAAAAAGAAAAAACAGGG